AUGAGUUCUUUUGAGUUGGUCUCCUCAUUUGAGGUGGAAUAUGCGCCUGUGAAUGUGAAAAAAUGGAAGUCCAAUAGAACAGGUCUCGAGGUCUGCUUGAUCGGAAAGGAGUCACCUUCUGUGAGCGGAUGGUUCGCCCUGGCAACCGAGAUAUUUGACGAUAGUGGGUGUCCGCAUACCUUGGAGCAUCUGGUUUUUAUGGGAUCUAGGAAGUAUCCGUACAAGGGACUCUUGGACAUAUUGGGGAACUUGGCAUUCAGUACCACAAAUGCUUGGACAGCCACAGAUCAGACGGUUUACACCCUCAUGACAGCAGGUUGGGAAGGUUUCAAGAUGCUACUUCCAGCAUACUUGGACCACAUCUUACACCCCACGCUGACUGAUGAAGCCUGUUACACUGAGGUUUACCAUAUUGAUGGAAAGGGAAAAGAAAAGGGAGUUGUUUAUUCAGAAAUGCAGGGAAUUCAAUUUGAGCCUUCCUUCCUUGCGCUUUUGGAAAAACAAAGAACCCUCUACACGAAAUCAGCCUAUAGAUCGGAGACCGGGGGUCUUGUUGAGAAUCUGCGUACUCUAACGAGCGAUGAAAUACGAAAGUUCCACAAGCAGCAUUAUAGACCGGAUAAUUUAUGUCUCAUAAUAACUGGAAUGGUUGACGAAGAUGAACUUUUGAAUAUCUUGGACAAGUUCGACGCCGAAAUAACCCCAUUGCCAGUAACUCCGAAUAAGCGGCCCUUUGUUGACUCUGUCCAGGAUGGUCCAUUGCCAUCAUCAAUCACAAAAACGCUUUAUUUUGGAGACGAGGACGAAUCCAAGGGUGAUUUGACAUUGUCACUUAUUGGUCCGAACGGUGUCGAUUUGCUUGAAUGCUUAGCAGUUGAAACACUCUCCAAGUAUUUGACGCAAUCGUCUGUGUCUCUAUUCAGACAAGCCUUUGUCGAGGUCGAAAAUCCGCUAGCUACGCACGUCUCUACAUACAACGAUGAUUACAUUAAGACCGUUAUCAACAUCGAUUUCUCGAAUAUUUCAAUUGAAGACAUUGACGAGAUGCCUAAAAGAAUAACAGAAGUUCUUACAGCCCAUGGAACUGAGCUUGACAUUAAUAGAAUCAGAGAUGUGGUUGACCAAAGUAAGUGGGAUCUUAUCUAUGAAGCAGAGAACGACGACGAUAUAUUUGUAACGUCUGUCAUUUACCAGUUCAUCUAUGGAGAUAAAUCGAGCAACGAUUUACCAGGCUAUUUGAAGGAUCUCAAGGAUUACGAGAUUCUCAUGUCAUGGGAGCCUGACAAAUGGGAAACAAUGUACAAAAAAUACUUCGUCAAUAAUCCGUCAUUGUUCAUAAUAGCAAAGCCAUCCAAAGAGCUGUAUCGAUCCAACAGAAAGGCUAGUAAACAGCUUUUGAAAGACAGAAGAGCCAAGUUAGGUCCUGAAGGUUUGAAAGAGCUUGCUACCAAACUAGAGAGAGCUAUAGAAAAAAAUAAUACUCCAAUCCCUCAAGAAAUCUUCGAAUCUUUUGGCUACCCGGAUGUUGCCAAGAUCAAGUUUAUUCAGACGCACUCGAUUGCUGCUGGAAAAAACCAUGAUGCUGCCAACGAUAUGUCUUUGGCGAUGACCAGGAAAGUUCUAAACGAUACACCUAAGGAUUUCCCAUUAUAUUUGCAUUUUGAGAACAUCAAAUCAAAUUUUGUCACAGUCGAUCUGCUGUGCUCAUCAUUUGAAAUUGAUCAGGAGCUUUUGAGCUAUAUUCAUGUUUUUGGUAGUCUAUUUACACUACCCAUUGAGCAAGAUGGUACGCUUGUGCCCUAUUCGGAGGUGGUAAAGGAUGUUCAGAGAGACACUAUUUCAGCCACCGUCUCUACCUCGUUCGAUAACAAUUUCCAAGAGUUUAUUGACUUCAAAAUUGUUGCAAGAAACGAUAACUAUGGGAAGGUGAUUGAUUGGUAUACCAAGUUACUAUUCCAUACCAAAUUUACGCAAGACAGAGUAAGAGUCGCGGUUGAAAGAGCUUUGAAUGAUUUGCCAUCAAAAAAGCGAUCAGGAUACUCAAUGCUUAAUACUCUUAUGAAUAAGCAUAUCAGGACCGAAAGAUCUCUUGCCAGGGCUCAAAGAACGUACCUCGUGGAAGACUUCCUUAAAAAUGUGCUGAAAGAAGUUGAUAGCGAUUUUGAUUCGGUGGUUAAGAAUCUUGAGCAAUUCCGUCAGCAGCUUAUAAAGCAAAACAAUCUGCGUGUAUUGGUUGUCGCUGAUGUCAUGAAGCUGGAACAUCCUGUGGCCAGCUGGGAGAAAUUUGCUGCAAACUCUAAAUACACGUCAGAACCAUUAACUGACCUGCCAUAUACGUCAAAAGUUCUGACUGAUGUGGGAAAACUAGAAAAGUCUGGCAAGUGCUACAUCAUGUCAACGCCCGGAUCGUCUGCCAGCUACAUGGAUUUGAUGGCAAGUGUACCACCAGACGAAAGUGCUUCGGAGUCCGCGAAAAUCUUAUUGGCAGCGGAGGUGCUCCAGUGUGUUGAGGGUCCUUUUUGGAGGGGCAUUCGGGGAUCCGGUCUAGCUUAUGGUGCCAAUGUGUAUCGUAACGUUGAGUGGGGAACAGUCAUCUACGACAUUUAUCGCGGGGUUGACGUCGAGAAGUGUUUCGAAGUUGGCAAAGAAAUUGUUGAGUCCUAUGCAUCUGGCGUGCAACAGAUCCACGACAAAGAAUUGCACGGUGCCAUGUCUUCGGUGGUGAACUCUUUAGUUAAUGGCCAAACCAACUACAUCAGUGCAGCGUACAGAAAGUUCUUUGACCAAGUACUCAUGAAAAGGGGCCCUGAUUACAAUCAAAUGCUGGUCAAAAGUUUGUCACGAGUGACGGCGCAAGAUGUCGUCGAUGUGUUAAGGAAAUACUUCCUGCCGAUGUUCAAUCCAAAAUCGUCUGUAUGUUUCGUUUGUUGCAGUCCUUCGAAGGUGAAGAGCAUUGAAAAGUUUUUCAGCUCCAAAGGCUACGAUACUUCUGUGGAACACAUUGCUGCCGAUGAUGGAGAUGAGGAUUACGAAAGUGACGAAGAUGACGAUGGUGAUGACGAGGAUGAUGUUUACAGUGAUACCGACGAUGAUAGUGACGAGGGAGAGGAUGAAGACGAAACUGAUUCGGAAAGUGAUUAA